CAAACAUGCACGGCGUCCCAUGCAGUUCUAGUCUUUGCUUUCGCUGCUAACAUUCAUUGUUGUGUCAAUGUUUGGGGGUUGACGCAGGGAUCUCUUGUAAUAAACUCCCGAUGUCUCUGGGAUCGAGUGAAAAGCUGCAUGUUUCGUCAGGAACGCGUGAGGCGGAUCCGGACGAGGCUUCAGAGCUCCUGGAUCUGCUGCGCCUGGACCUGGAUCCGGAUGGAGAGCAAAGAGCAGCCGAGGGAGGCGAUGCGCCCUGUUCUAAGAACGUGCUGAGGAAGCAGCGACACUGGGAGAGACAGCUGGCUGCGAAGAAGAGCAAACGCAAAGAAGAGAAACAGAGGAGGAGGUUGAACCGCGCCCGGGAAUCAGGUGGUGACACGGACGCCGCGCAGCUCACCAAGCGAGUCAUGAAGGCGAUCACCAAAGAGCGUCUGGCAGAGGCUCGCUCCACGGGUCGGAAGCUUUGCGUGGACCUCAGCAUGACAGACUGCAUGUCUGACAAGGAGAUAAGCCGGCUGGCGGGCCAGCUAAGGCGGCUGUACGGGUCGAACAAGAGGGCGACUCGGCCGUUUCAUCUGUUCCUGACGGAUCUGAGAGACGGCAGCCGACUCUACCGGGAGUGUGUUCGAAUGAACGACGGCUUCCUCGGCUACGCGAUGGAAAUAACAGAGGAAAGCUGUUUGGACCUGUUUCCUUCAGAAUCUGUCGUUUAUCUCACCCCAGAUGCCCAAGAAGCUUUGCAGACAGUGGACGCUGACAAAGUGUACGUCCUGGGCGGCCUGGUGGAUGAAAGCAUCCAGAAGAAGCUGAGCCUGUCCAGAGCCGCGGAGCUGAGCGUCCGCACCGCCAGGCUCCCUGUGGACGAGUACAUGGUGAAGAAAAACAACGCAAAGAAUUUCCACUCCAAGAUCCUCGCCGUUAAUCAAGUGUUUGACAUCUUGUUAACGUUCUCGGAGACCGGCAGCUGGACACAGGCGCUGCAGACGUGGUUUCCUGCAGGAAAGGGUUUCGUCAUCUCACCGGAAAACUCAACAUGUUUUCCUGUUGAGGAGCAAUGAAAUAAUUUAUUAGUCAUUAGGUUUUUCAAUGGACAAUCAGCUGCAAAAACUCCUAAAAUUACCUGGUACACUGCAGUGUAUUUAUGUUUUAUGCUAUUUGGCACCAAACGAUUAAAUCUGAAGCUUUGGAGAGAA